GAUACUUCGUGGGCCCCACAAAUGCCUUCGUUAGCCCUGCGGAACUUAACGAGCAUCCGUCGUUCUAUGUGCGUCCUCGGCGAAAUGCGUCGAUAGUUCUCCGUCCAUGGCAUCGUCCAGCAGGGUCCACGCAGAGAGAGAGCCACUUUCAUCUUACGAGCCAGAAGGAUUUGAUGAUUUUACACUUGCAUCUUCAUGGGAGAGAUUCAUAUCAGAGAUAGAGGCUACGUGUCGAUUAUGGCUAGCUGAUGGUCCAAACAACUUGGUGCGUAAGAAUGCUCUUCAAGUUGGCUCUUUGAAGAACCUUUACAAGGUGAAGUUUGAUUCCAAGUAUGGCAUGAAGUCCUACUGUUUGGAGUAUUAUUUUGAGCUGCACACUACUGCUCACAAUGCUGAGUGGAAGGAUGAGUUACACAGUCUACAACUACAGUUUGGAGUAAAAGAAUUUUUGGUUAUCUCUCCACUCAGUGCAAGUGGUGUCAUUCUAGAUGAACCAGAGGCCACAAAACUUCUCAGUUCUGUUGCAAUUGCUUUGUCAAAUUGUGGCUGCAACUGGCCAGCAUUUGUUCCAGUUCAUGACCCUACAAGAAAAGCACAUAUUGGCAUUCAAAAUAUGGGAAUGAUCUUUACGAGGAGAUAUGAAGCAGAUCGUAUUGGAAGUCAAGUCCCCAUCAAGUUUAUGCAUUUGGAGGGAAUCUAUGAGUUAUUCCUGUCAAAAUUUGCCUUUGCCCGGAUGGACUAUGCAAUACAUCCAGCUGGGGUUCAUUUCACAAUGAGAUUGACUUAUAGGACACCCCCAUAUGAUGAUGAUAAUGAAGGUAUCUAUGUGGUUGCGGAGAAUUCUGAAUCUAAUGGUAAUUCCGAAGCUGUCUGUGUCAAAACACUAUGGGAUGAUGACUGUCCUUGGGCUGAAUGGUAUUCUGCUGAAGAUCCAAUAAAAGGUUUUGAGUUGAUUGCUACAUGGUCAAAAAGGGCCAUUGGGAGUUCCACAGAAAUGGCUGAAUUUGAGAAUGCUUCGACAAAUGAAGCUGACCAUUGGUAUCUUGUGCCUAUAGUACCAACGCACAUGAUCAUUGGUCCAAAUAUUGAUGUGGUUGGCUUCGCAUCCCAGUUGCAGCUACUGGUCAAUGCAUUAAACACUUCUUUCGAGGCAAAGUUCAUUGAAGAUCUGGCAUCAGCUGAUAACCAAACCUCUGAUAACGGAAAGUCUUCCACCCUGGUACCUCCACCAACGGUUCUUGAUAGAGUUCUUAAAGAUCUCUUUCAUGCAGGGUCGUCAGUGCCUUCUGCUGGAGAUAGUGAACAUAAGUUGUCUAAAGCUAUAAAAGGUGCUCCACUUGAAUCACUGUUUGCACAAUUUUGCUUGCAUUCCCUCUGGUUUGGAAUGUGCAAUAUUCGAGCAAUAUCUGUUCUCUGGAUAGAAUUUGUUCGAGAAGUGCGUUGGUGCUGGGAAGAAUCACAACCAUUACCAAGAAUGGUUAAUAAUGGUGUCAUUGAUCUUUCUUCAUGCCUAAUACAUCAAAAGUUGCAGAUGCUGGCAUUUUGCACUGAGAAGAAGCAGUCCAUGCAUGAAAGAGCAUCUAGUUGUGUUGGAAAUGACAAAUAUGUUGAAGUCUAUAGCCUGGAGAACACAGAGGAAAAGUCAAAUGUGGAAGGAACUGACUAUGAUAUCAUAGGUGAUACAGGAAAGAAACCUAUUGAGUCUAGUAGUGGAGUCGAUGGAAUACAUCAGUCAGCUUGUUCAUCAAGAAGGGGAUCUGCUGGCGUAAUAAAGGAUAUGAUGCUUUUAAAAUCACACCAGUUGAUGCAUGCUCCUAUUACUCAGGAUCCACCUUUAAUGACUGAAGAUAUGCAUGAAGAAAGGCUACAAGCAAUUGAAGCAUUUAGCACACCAACAUUGAAAAGUUUUUCAGCCCAAUUAGAGAAAGAUACACUAUCAUCUGACAUGUCUGCCUUUAAAGCAGCAAACCCAGAUGCAGUAUUUGAAGAUUUUAUUAGAUGGCAUUCUCCAGGUGAUUGGGAAAGUGAAAUCAAUGAUGCUGCUGGUUCUGAAAAAUUUGAUGGAAGUCCAAGAUCCGAAUGGCCUCCAAAGGGUAAACUUUCAGAACGAAUGUCUGAAUAUGGAAAUUCCUGGCGUCAAAUGUGGAACGAGGUACAUGCCUUGGCUGCCUUAGAACAAAAGCCAAUUUUAGAUCCAAACCGAGAGGGAGAAAAGGUUCUUCACUACCUGGAAACACUGCGACCCCAUCAGCUGCUGGAGCAAAUGGUUUGUACUGCGUUUAGGGCCUCUGCUGACAUCCUGAACCAAACCUCUUUCGGUCAGAUGAAUCAGAUGAAAAUAAAAAUUGAACAACUUUAUCGUACAAUAGCCUCUAUGUUGAAGUCCCUAAAAGCAUUUCAUGAGGAUGAUAGAGACGAUUUCAUCAAUAAUGACCUGGUGCGCCUCUGCCAUGCAUUCCAUCAGGUGGAGCAGCUUCUUAUUUUUGCGGCUUCCAUCCAUCGUAAGUUGCUUCAUGCUCCUCGUCUUUGCCAAGGAGUCUUCGAUGACUACUAUAAAUUUUAUUCUCGGCGAAUGGGAACCAGUUCAGUGGAGAUAAGUAACGACGAGGAGUUCCAUGUUAAGAAAUCUGUAAGAAUGCAUGAGAGAGACACAGUUUCUGACUUGUUCAGGCCACCAACUGCCAACCAAUCUUGGAGGAAAGUGUUAAGUAUGGGAAACCUAUUAAAUGGGCAUGAGCCACUAUUAAGGGAGAUCAUAUUUUCUGUCCAUAAAAGCAUGAGCGGCAAUCAUUAUGGAACAACUCUUCCUAACGACUCUGAAACAGAUAUAGAAACACAUCGUAUGUUUGUCUGUGGUACAUCUAAUGAUCUUCAGGUAGCAUUGUCUGUCACAUCUUGCGAUUGAUUGACUUAUUUCAGACAAAUAAUUUCUUUUUCUUUUGUGGAUAUAUUUAUCCCAAGUAGUAAAAUUGCAUCUUGAUCAUGAACUCUA